UGGUAAUAAUAAUAAUAUCAGUGUUCCAGUCUUCCCCCCUCGAGUGUUCGGCCGUCUUCCCACACGAACACCGCUCAACUCUCUGCCGCCUACACACAAAAUUCGUAACUCGUAACCGUGCUCGUAGUGCUCGUACUCCGCACUCCGCAGCAGACAGCAGUGGCCGCCAUACGCACGUCGCGCGCGCACCGUUCGUGUUCGUCUUCUCGUCCGUCGCUUGUUAGUGUUUUCGAUAUUGUUGUCAUCACCAUGUCGUCAUUGGCGCCGUGACCGCGACGACUAAAUCUGACGUGUCAGCCGCCACGUAUUAGCCCUCCUGCUCGUCGAAUAAAUUAUCUCAGAGUGAUUUGGCGCUUUGGCAGCACACUAUUUCGCGUUCAAACGGUAUCGCACGCAGACCAUGUCCAAAUGAAGGGUUUCGCAGCUGUCGCGUUUCUGUUGUGUCUGGCGUCCGCACACAAGUCCGGCGACGUCAAACACAAAUGGUGGAGCAUCCCGGAACCUGUGGCCACCGUCGGAAAGUUGUUCUACUUCAAAAUACCUCAUGACUCGGUUGUCGACAACACUGGCCCCAUUGACUUUUUGGGUCAAGAUGGUGGUGGUCUUCCAAGUUGGUUAGUUCAAGGUAAGGGUGAGCUUGAAGGAAUACCUGGACCUGAAGAUGUUCGUGAUCAUUUGUUGGUAAGAGCAGGAGAUAAAAGUCGCCGAAUAGUUUCUGAUGUAGCUUCUAUCAGAGUUGCUCCCCUAAAAUGGAAAAAUCUUCGAAAUAAUAAACGAUGUAAAAAUUCUGAAGAUUCUAUUUUGCUAUGCCUUGUUAUUGGUAUGAAUUUUAAGAGCAUACAACCUUUACAAAGGCUUAUCGCACUGAAAAAUUUAGCAGGAUUUUUAAGUCUUCCUCAAGAUGCUGUUUUAUUAGUACCUCAAGAAAGUGUAUCUUCUUGGUUAAUUGAAUAUAUAGUAUCAUCUGAACGUCAGUCCCAUAAAAAGCAUCAAUUUAAUGAUACAUCUUUUGUUCUUUGGGAGGUUGGCUGUGGAGGUAAUAUUUUGCCAGAACAUAUUGAUCAUGUACGUCAUAUGCAAAGUAAUACUGUUGAUGGAACAUUGUCUGAGGUAUUGCAGUUACCAGUUACCAAUUGGAGAUUAGUUAAUUCUUUUAACCCUUUGCGAGGCCGACGUCAAGUUACAGGCCUGAAACAAGACAAAAUUUCAGGAAAUGUCAAUUUAGAUGACUAUGAUGAUAACAAACAAGUUAUUUCUCAAUCUUAUAAUGAUGAUGAUGAUGAUGAAGAAGAAAUUAUUCCUGAUACUAGACAACUUAUUAUUGAACCAUCUCCAUCUUUUUUAAAUCAUCAAUAUGAUACCGAUCAUUAUCAUAGACAUCACCGUAGAGAUGAAUCUGUGUUAAACGUACCAAAAGACAUUAUUAACUCUACACCUGUUCAAAAUAUGAAAUUAUCUUCAAUUCUUGAUUUAAGUGAAGCUAUUAACUCUUAUGUAAUUCAGCCAACACCUUCAUUCUACGACACAAAAUCUUCCACUCCUACUACCGAACAAUUAUCUGAAUCUGUGGGCAUGGGUGAUUCGUAUGAUACAACAAUCAUACCAGAUGAAAGUAUAUCUACUGAAACUCCAAAUUUAGUGACAGACAAAUUAAAGGAUCUAGCUAAUGAGAAUUCUAUUAGUACUUCUACUACUACUACAACUACUACAAAUGGGGAAAAUCCUAAUACGCCACCAAUAAUUAAACAUAGAUUACCCAAACUUGCUAUUACAGCUGGAAAACCAUUUAAGUAUCCAAUUCCCAACAAUAUAUUCUAUGAUGCUGAAGAUGGAGAUACAAAACACUUAAAGUUGGCACUAUUAAACACAGAUCCAACAUUAUUAUCAUGGGUUGAGUUUGACGCUGAAAAACAAAUCCUAGUUGCUUUACCUUUGGAGGAUCAUGUAUCAAAAUGGGAAGUAGUAAUUGAAGCAAAAGAUUCUGGGAAUUUGGCCGUUAACAAUACAUUAGAACUGGUUGUCCAACAACUACCUCACUUGCGUGCCAUUAAUCAUCAGUUAACUUUACAAAUGCGCCUUAAACAAGACUCAUUGGCCUGGACACAUCCAGUUAACUGGAGUUUAGAUAUUAUUGACAAAAUCAGUACAAUUUACUCAACUGAUGUUAAAGACAUCACAGUCUUAGCCUGGCCAAGAAUCUCUAAUUUAAAUGUUAACAAAGAUAAACAUAGCAUUCAGUUUACCUGGACAAAUGAUACAUUGCCACGUGAAGUCUGCCCUAAUGAACAAAUAACUCAAAUUUUAGGAAUUUUAAAACCAGAAAAAAGUAAUAAAAUUAAAUUUGGAAAACAAUUUGGUUCUUCAGUUGUUUUGGAAGAUGUUAGUUGGCUAGGAUUAGGUAAUUGUGCUUCAACAUCAUUUAUUUCGAGUCAAAAUUAUCAACCUGUAUUGCGCAAUCCAGUUGAUCUUAUUAAUGCCACUUAUGGACAAUUAUUAUCUUAUGUCGUACCAGAGGAUACAUUUUAUGACCCUGAAGAUGGUGCUUCACGCAGAUUGAAAUUAUCAUUGAUGACUAUUGAUCGUACACCAGUUCCAGAAAAUAAUUGGUUACAAUUUGAUACUAAAAACCAAGAAUUUUAUGGAAUUCCAUUGUGGGGUGAUAAAAGCCUUUCUGAAUAUCAACUUAUUUGUACUGAUAGAGAAGGAAGAUCAAAUCACGAUAGUUUAGUAGUAUCUAUACCCAAUACAACUAAGCCUUUGCCAUCUGCUGAAUUUGAUAUGAUAUUCAAAACUCCAGAGUUCAAAGAAUUCAAUAAUUCUGCCAAACUAAAAAAAUUAUUUGUUGAACGUGUAGCUAAUCUUUUUAGAGAUAAAAAUACAGCCAACAUUGUUGUUCUUGGAAUCAGUUCAGUAAAUGGUAUGACAAUGGUGACAUGGUUCAAUAAAACAUUAGAAAUGAAUCGGUGUGAUGAAGAAAAAGUUCUACAAUUGCGAAAAAUUUUACUAAAUGAAGAUGAAAAGUUAUCUGAAAAUGUAACAAAAAAUAUGAUACCAUUAUUUAAUGUAGUUGGAGCACAUGUUGUACCUUCUGGAAUGUGUGAAGGUGGAUUUACCGAAGUUCGACCACCCAAAACACCCAACUAUGUUACACCCCGCGAUGACAAUAUUUUGCUUUUAUUUGACACAUCAGACCAGUAUUUUUCGACAUUUAUUAUUCCAGCAAUCAUAAUUUUAGCUAUGAUGCUGUUUGCUGGAUUACUUGCUUGUUUAUUGUAUCGACGAAGACCAUCAUCAAAAUUAAGAAUUGGUGAUGAUGAAAGACAAAGCUUCCGAAGUCGUGGCAUUCCAGUAAUAUUCCAAGAUGAGUUAGAUGAAAGACUUGAGCCCACAAAUAAAACACCAAUAAUCAUGAGAGAAGAAAAGCCACCUUUACCACCACCUGAAUAUCAAAGGUCACCACCAAUGGCCACCACAGCUUUACUUGCCGAUACAGAAGAUUCACCAUAUCAGCCUCCACCACCACCUUUCUCAAAUGUUGGCUCUAAUCAUAGGUCAAAACCAUCAUCAACCCCGUCAUAUCGCAAACCCCCACCUUACGUUCCUCCUUAA